ACUCAUUCCCAUUUGGUUUGUUCCGUUUUCAAGUCUUUAGACGAGUACUAUUAUUUCGACACUGAUCUUCUUGUCAUGGCAAAUCCACCUCCCACUCGUCCAUGGUUCCGUCUACGUUCCACAAUUGGCACAGGCCCAGCCCCAACAGCAGAGCCUCAACCUCAGGCUCCUGCACCGCAGCCACGGUCAGCUUUUGGUCGUGCCAUGACAUUUAGGCCUAUAGUUGCACCUCCACCACCGCCCACACCUCAACCCCAAGAACCUACAGUAUCAGCACCACCAGUGCCUGGUGCUGCACCUCCUCGUGCAAGUGCACCACCAUCACCAACUUCUACUGCAGCUCCUCGGACCACAGCCUCACCACUGCCGGUCACUGCGCAACCACCACCUCCUCCUGCUGCAGCCUCUCCUCCAGUGACUGCCCGAACACUACCUGUCACUGCGCAACCACCACCUCUUCCUGCCGCAGCCUCUCCUCCAGUGACUGCCCGACCACUACCGGUCACUGCGCAACCACCACCUCGUCCUGCUGCAGCCUCUCCUCCAGUGACUGCCCGACCACUACCGGUCACUACGCAACCACCACCUCCUCCUGCUGCAGCCUCUCCUCCAGUGACCGCCCGACCACUGCCGGUCACUGCGCAACCACCACCUCCUCCUGCUGCAGCCUCUCCUCCAGUGACUGCCCGACCAUGGCCAUCAGUUGCUCCAACACCUGCAGUUACUGCCCCUCCUCAAGCAGCUGCCAGACCAACAACCACUGUUGCCGACCCAGCACCACAGCCUGCUGCUGCAUCUCCUCCUAUGACUGUUUUUCCAGCACCCACACGUGCUGCUGCACCACCCCCAACUGCUACCGCUCCGGCAGCAGCAUCACCACCACCUGCAGCCACUGCACGUCCCACUGCAACAAUACAGCCUACUGCAUCAGUUCCAACAUCUCCAAUGAAAACCUCGUCUAUACCGACUUCACCAGCCUCAAAAGCAUCACCCACCUCCACAAUGCUUCCAAUCUCAUCCUCCUCACCACCAGCUCAAACCUCUUCCCUAAGAUCUUCCCCACGUCCUAAAGUAACAGUCCCCACCUCUCUAGCUUCAAAAGAAGCAGCAACUACCUCAUUGCCAACUUCUUCUGCUCCAAAAGCAAUACCAGCAAUGACAAUGCCACCAUCAACUUCCCCCAAAACAAAAAACGCUUCUCUUACCGACACCAAGGCCACCAGUGUCUUGCCACAUGUGACCUAUCCUGUACCACCUCCAAAAACCAUUGAGACUUCACCAAACACCCAAACUCAAUCCCCUAAGAUCAGACCGACUGCUCAACCUCCAUCUCCUUUGAUCCUUCCUCCUCCCCAGUUAAAGACUCGUGAAUCAGUAUUUGAGACCAAAAUACCAGAGGUGGUCCAGCAGAAAACCGUGCUCGUGCAGGAGACAAUUGAAAAGCCUAGGGUGCCGCUAACUAAAACUUCAAAUGGUGUGCAGAAGGAUGUCGGCAAUCUUCGAAACCAAAGCAUUGCCCAGAAUGAGAAGCGAGAAGCAACCAAAGAUGUUCAAACCAGGGAGAAAGCUACACAAAAGAAGCUUUUGGAUUCUGAGGUCGGGAUAAGGGUCAUAACAAUAGCAGGAGAAAACAAAGGAGCUAUCAUGGAGCUGGGAAAUUCCCCCAAGAUACAUGGCAAUCAGGGUUAUACUCUCUCGAAGAACAAUCGUAAAGGUAAGGGAGAUGGGAAUGAAUCAGGAAGCAAUGGCAGCAGCAGUGAGGAAGGGAAGCACAAGAAAAAGGGUAAAAACCACAAAUCAAUGGAAAUGGAACAUGCACCUCCCAUGAGGGCAUUCAUGAACAGUAAUGUGCAGAGUGUGAACAACUCCAUUCUCUACAACUGUUCCUGCUCUCACAAAGAUCCUGGGGUGCACCUCACUCUCACUCGAAAGCCUGCCAAUGGUGCCCAUGGGUUCACCCUCAAGGACCAUGGACAUGGCUAUCAUAAUUAAGAGAGAGAAUAUAAAGACAGAAAUUUAAGGUCGGUCGGUUCCCGAUCUCACUUGAUUUUAAUUUUCAUUUCACAAACUUUAAGUAAGCGGAAUAAAUAUGGGAGAGAAGACUGAUGAUAGAGGAGCAUUAGUUCUGAUUCUCCACAUUUACAUUCCACUUCCAUGGAAUGUGAGACAAGAUAUGUAUUGUUUAAUGAAUUACUAUAUGGUACUUGGUACUAUUUACAUUUGCAGGGUAGCCUACCUCGGUCAGAAUCAUUGUAUCUGACUUUCAUGAGGAAUCAUAAUAAGAGAAGUUUGAUGUUAUUUCA